AAUGUAAGCGUCUGACCUUGCGCUGCUUCAUGUUUACGGAAGAGAGUCUGAUGAAUGACCACGACAUUAUCGAUGUGAAAUAUUGAAAAACAGCCACGUAGGCCUAUAGUUAACUUGUCUAAUUUAGAAUAGUAAACUACCGUAUUAUGUCGAUGGAUACAGCUAGCUAGGCUACAAAGGCAGUAGCUAGCUAGAUAGCAAAAAAACGUCAACUUGACUCAACGUCAUAUCUCAGUACGAGGAAGGGGUUCUCAAGUACAGGUAGUCCUGACCAGACCUCUCUCCAGCACCAUGUGGGACGAGGAGAUCAGACAUAUGGCGUCCAGCCACGCCAUCAUGGCAUCGGGGGUGUUUAUGGCGACAGUGGUGCCGGCGGUGCUAGUGCCGGGUUUCUCUGUGUAUGGAACACACCUGCUGUGGCAGUACUCUGUUGCCGGGGUUGUCGCUGUGGUCAACAUCUCCCUGUUCUGGCUGCUGGGGGUCAGCCCCCCUACCAAGAAACACACUAUCACCUACAAGAUGUCUAGGUUGGUGCGUUCCUGUCUCUACUUGCUCCUCUCCUGUCUGUUCUUCCACACUGUAGUGGUCCUGUAUGGAGCACCGCUACUGGAGUCUGCGCUGGAGACGUUCUCUCUGGCGGUGUUGUUGACCAGUCUAACCACUCUGAGGUGUGUGUGUGUCCUCGGGCCCAACGUGCAAGCCUGGAUAAGAGUCUUCAGCCGACAUGGGGCCAUGUCGGUGUGGGACACCUCUCUACAGAUGGUGGUCGGCUGCAGUGUUGUGGGAGCCUGGCUGGGAGCCUUCCCUAUCCCUUUGGACUGGGACCGACCCUGGCAGGUGUGGCCUGUGUCCUGCAGUCUGGGUGGAGUGAUUGGUUACCUGACUGGGCUAGUCGUCGCCCCCGCCUGGAUACACUGGCACCGGAAAAACCUCACCUACAAGAGCAAGUGAUGGACAGGACAGGGAAGGAGUGUGGGUGGAUGGGUGGGUGUGAGAGUAUGUGUAUUGUAUUUUUUAUUUAACUAGGCAAGUCAGUUAAGAACAAGUUCUUAUUUACAAUGACGGCCUACCAAAAGGCAAAAGGCCUCCUGCGGGGACGGGGCCUGGGAUAAUAAAAAAAUACAGUAUAAAUAAUCAAAUAUAAUAAAUCUAAAUACAACACUACAUAAAGAGAGACCUAAGACAAUACCAUAGCAAGGCAGCAACACAUGACAACACAACAUGGUAGCAGCACAAAACAUGGUACAAACAUUGGGCACAGUCAACAGCACAAAGGUCAAGAAGGUAGAGACAACAAUACAUCACACAAAGCAGCCACAACUGUCAGUAAGAGUGUCCAUGAUUGAGUCUUUGAAUGAAGAGAUUGAGAUAAAACUGUCCAGUUUGAGUGUUUGUUGCAGCUCGUUCCAGUCGCUCGCUUCAGCGAACUGAAACGAACUGGCCGAAUGGUAAAGAACAUCUAGCCGCUCGAGAGCACCCUUACCGGUCGAUCUAUAAAUUAGGUCUCUGUAAUCUAGCAUGGGUAGGAUGGUCAUCUGAAUCAGGGUUUGGCAGCUGGGGUGAAAGAGGAGCGAUUACGAUAGAGGAAACCAAGUCUAGAUUUAACUUUAGCCUGCAGCUUUGAUAUGUGCUGAGAGAUGGGCAGUGCAUCGUCUAUCCAUUCUCCCAAGUACUAUGUAUGUGUAUUGUAUGUAUGUGUAUUGUAUGUAUGUAUGUAUGUGUAUUGUAUGUAUGUGCAUUGUGUAUUGGGGUGAAAGAGGAGUGAUAUUUUAUGUGUGUAUUGUGUAUGUAUGUGUGUAUUGCAUAUAUGUGCAUGCUUGUUAUGUCACUACUCUAGGCUGCUGUUAAAUUAUCCCAUUAGUAAUCCUGCUGUAUUCCUUUGGUAUCUGAAUAUUUAUUGGGCUGUUGGUGGACAGGCCCUUUCCUGUAAAAUAUGAUGUUGCCAUGUAAAAAUAUUCCACAUUUCCUCUUUUUUGACAAAUAAAGUCUUAGUUUCUUUUUA